AUGAGGACCACAUCGUUUUCCCUCGAGGUUCUGGCCCUGCUCUUCCUGACAUUGAUCCCGUGGCCGGGGCCUUCUGUUUUCAAGAUAACUUGUUCACGUGACAAUUCUAAAAUUGUGAGGAAAGUCAUACAAAACAAAUGGAUGCCGGUCUUGGAAAGGUUUCAGGUAAAGUUGCCAUUGGAGUGUCCAUUCCACCCUGCACGCGAUAUUUUUGCGCCGCAGCAUGCGGCCAAAUUGCAGCACCGACCUUCGCAGUGGACGUGUGCCUUUUGCGGAAAAUCCUUCUACGAAGAACGACACCUUGAUACUCACUUUGAUCAUCGACACAAGAACCAGAUUAAUAAGGCGGAGGAUGCAGUGUGCCUAGCGGACUACUGCGACAUCAUGCGGUGCCAGGUGCUGAUAGCGCACGGGCUGCUGAGCGGCGGGGCGGGGCCGGUGACGGACGUGGAGGUGUGGCGGGACCUGGAGGCGGCCCGGCGAGCGCUGGCGCCUGCGGGUGCCCGCGGCCUGGCGACGGCCCCGCAGCACCGGCGCAACCGUGCGCGCGCACCGCCGGCGCCCGACUGCCGGCGGCCCGACCCGGACUCCGAAGAUCGCGAAGUUGAGGAAAAAGGAAGAGAAGAGAGUGAAGGUGACACGAAUCAAACGGCGGAGUUGUGCGACGCCGAUACGGUCGAGUCGUCUCUACCACCAGACAGUAGACAAAAGAGACUUGCAGACUUGCAAGCCGAGCGCGCUGCUUGUGACCCCGCAAGAUUACAGGGUUUGAAGGUGCGCUGUGAAAGGGUUGUGCAUUCCUGUAUAGCAACGCUUCUGUUGCAUUUGACACAGAACCAGUUCACAGAGUUAGAAGAGGAAAUGCAACGCGCGGUGUGCUGGUACUUAAGCUGCGACCGUUACUGGGAGGACGCGGCGCCGGCCGCCCGCGCCUUUCCCUGGCCCCUGCUCCUAGCGCUCGCCACCGGCCUAGCGUUAGCACUGUGCAUGUGCUACUACAUCAUCUGGAUCGUAUUCGAUUCGGAAGAGGGCAGCGUGGCGGGCAGUGCUUCGGUGUCGAUGACGACGCACUCGUCGCCGACCCGCGGCGAACGGCUUGCCGGGGACGACGCCCUGGACGAUGAGCACGAUGACCACUAUAUCUACGUCACUUACCCGCCCGAGCUUAAGCGCCGCCUGCUGGAGAGCUGCUACAAUAGAACAACUCGACUU